AUAUUUUUCAAAAUGAGUUGGGCAGGGCCGCAAGGAAAGGGUUUUUGGGCUUUACUCUAAUAGCUCUCCCGCCUGUCGAAGCCGGAAGCGAGAAACUCUUACCUUUGUCGCUUCCACAAUCUCUACACAGCACUCACUCUUCGCUAGCACAAGGUUUUGUUGACAUAUUGUGCUGUUAUAGGAAUGUCCAACUCAUGCUGCUGUGAGGUUGUUUUAGUUUCACAUGGCACUGAGAAUAUCAGAUGUACACGCAUUUGGCCAUAUUUUAUUUCAGUGUAGCAGUGGGAAACAAUUGAGAAGUGUAAUUGGGCUCAAAUCUGAAAGGGUAAUUCGAAAUGCUUUUGGUAGAAGAAUGAGGUUCUGUCAUUCGUUAUUAAAUAUAUCAAGACUACAUAUACGAUUCAAGCAUAAUUUUGCAGAGAAGCUGUUGGAUCAAGCAUAUAAGUAUGACAUGCCAAGUGUAUCUGACCGGUCAAAGUUGCUUAACAAGGUAACGGCGCUGGUGGAUUAUGAUGGUUUUCAUGAUUUGAUUGAGAAUGGGAAAGCUGGAGAGCAAUCUGGUCAGGAUCUCAAAGAUGCUACUGAUGAUUUUGAUGUUUCUUUGGCUUGUAAAAGAUUUCCUUCCAUAACUUUGGGUAGUUCUCCUCCUGUGGAAUUAUACGAUGAGACUACAAAGCCCCUGGAAAUGAAGACCCUUCUAGCUGCUGAAAGUUAUAAAGAAUUUGUCUCAGAUGCUCUGGGUAUGAAAUGGGUUGACUCUGAUGGUUUUUAUGAACAGUGGACUUCAGCAGACGCCGUUCCAAGUGAGAACUACUCCAUACCAAAAGCAGAAAAAGAUGAGAGUGCAUGCAUGACUACAGAAUCAAGAGAAGAGAAAACAUAUUUAUUAGAAGAACUGAAAGAGGAAAGUGUCAACAGCUUAUCUGUACAUUCUGAGGACGUGACUGCAGAAACAAAAGAAAAAAUAGAUAAUAUAUUUAGCAUGCAGGAGACUUCUAACAAAAAGGUGGGUGAAUCACUACUAAGUGCUGCAUUUCUUGAUACACCUGUCAGUUGCAUUCCUGGAUUAAGCAAGAGACAACACCAUCAGCUGGAAAACUGUGGAUUUCACACGUUACGAAAGCUGCUGCACCAUUUUCCUCGCACAUAUGCUGAUUUGCAGAAUGCACUAGUUGGAGUUGAUGAUGGACAGUACUUGAUUUCUGUUGGGAAAAUUUUAUCUUCUAGGGGAGUUAGAGCCAGUUAUUCCUUUUCAUUUCUUGAAGUAGUUGUGGGUUGUGAGGUUGCAAUUGAUGAAUCUCAGCAUAAUACUAUUGACACUGAUAGUGGAGAAACGAGAACCAUUUAUCUGCAUCUCAAGAAAUUUUUUCGUGGUGUUCGUUUCACUAAUCAACCUUUUCUGAAAAGUCUUGCAAACAAGCAUAAGUUGGGAGAUGUUGUUUGCAUUAGUGGUAAGGUUAAGACUAUGAGUACCAAAGAUCACUAUGAAAUGAGGGAAUAUAAUAUUGAUGUGCUAAAGGAUGAUGAUGUUUCAUCACUUCAUCCAGAAGGGAGACCAUAUCCUAUAUAUCCUUCAAAAGGAGGCUUAAAUCCUGAUUUUCUUCGAGACAUUAUUGCAAGAGCUCUACAAGCCUUGGGUCCUGGUAUUGAUCCUAUUCCAAAAGAAAUCAUUCAGGACUUCAGACUCUUACAUCUUCAUGAUGCAUAUACCGGGAUUCACCAACCAAGAAACGUGGAGGAAGCUGAUUCAGCUCGUAGAAGGCUUAUAUUUGACGAGUUCUUUUAUCUACAGUUAGGACGCUUGUUCCAAAUGCUUGAAGGUCUUAGUACUCGAACGGAGAAAGAUGGAUUACUGUUGAAGUAUAGAAAACCUGAACUAAAUGCUCUUUAUGUGGAGAAUUGGUCCAGUCUUACCAAGAAAUUUUUGAAGGCUCUUCCAUAUUCCCUAACUUCUAGUCAGCUCAAUGCUGUGUCAGAGAUUAUAUGGGAUCUAAAGCGACCUGUCCCUAUGAAUCGACUUUUGCAGGGUGAUGUUGGAUGUGGGAAAACGGUCGUAGCUUUUUUGGCAUGCAUGGAAGUUAUUGGCUCAGGUUAUCAGGCAGCUUUCAUGGUUCCAACUGAGUUGCUUGCUAUCCAGCAUUACGAGCACUUGCUUAAAUUGCUAGAGACUAUGGAGGAAAAUCAAUCAAAGCCUUCCAUUGCUCUACUAACAGGUUCAACACCAUUAAAACAGUCGCGGAUGAUUCGUAAGGAUCUUCAAAGUGGAGAUAUCUCCAUGGUCAUUGGAACCCACAGUUUAAUAUCUGAAAAUGUAGAAUUCUCUGCUUUACGCAUAGCUGUGGUGGAUGAGCAACAUCGAUUUGGUGUCAUCCAAAGAGGACAAUUUAACAGUAAGUUGUAUUAUACUUCUUUACGUUCGAGAAUGGCAGUAACAACUUCAAUUGGAUCCUCAAAAGGUGAUGUGUAUAUGGCCCCUCAUAUUCUUGCUAUGUCAGCCACUCCCAUCCCAAGGACGCUAGCAUUGGCAUUGUAUGGGGACAUGUCCUUAACACAAAUAACUGACUUACCUCCUGGAAGAAUUCCAGUUGAAACACACAUCAUUGAAGGAAAUAGCCAAGGUUUUGAGGAUAUAUACAAGAUGAUAUUAGAUGAAUUAGAAGCUGGAGGAAGAGUAUAUCUUGUGUACCCAGUCAUUGAACAAUCUGAGCAGCUGCCUCAGCUUCGUGCUGCUUCUGCUGAUCUUCAAGCCAUAUCAGACAGGUUCCAACGUUUCAAUUGCGGAUUGCUACAUGGUAGAAUGAAGAGUGAUGAAAAGGAUGAAGCAUUGAGACGAUUUAGAUCUGGAGAAACCCAGAUUCUUCUUUCGACCCAAGUAAUUGAAGUUGGUGUAGAUGUUCCAGAUGCAUCCAUGAUGGUUGUCAUGAAUGCUGAGAGAUUUGGAAUUGCUCAGUUACAUCAACUGAGAGGACGAGUUGGACGUGGAGAAAGGAAGUCCAAAUGCAUAUUAUUAGGAUCCACAAGCAGUAGCCUUAACCGUUUAAAGGUCCUAGAGAAGUCAUCGGAUGGUUUUCACCUGGCAAAUGCUGAUCUUCUUCUACGUGGACCUGGUGACUUGCUUGGCAAAAAGCAAUCAGGACACCUUCCAGACUUUCCUAUUGCAAGGUUAGAGAUAGUUGGGAAAAUUUUGCAAGAAGCACAUGAUGCUGCGUUGAAAGUUCUAGGUGAUUCUCAUGAUUUAGAGCGAUUUCCGGAACUCAAGGCAGAGCUUAGCAUGCGGCAACCACUUUGUCUUCUUGGAGAUUGAUAUGUAGCUGUGAGCCUGUGAGACAACUCCAAGUCCAUGUUGCAGACGACACUUGUUGCAUGUAUGAUGAAUCAAGAACUUUGGUAUCCUCCUCAUUUCUUGAUCAGCUUUGUAUAUUUUCUCUUUAGUUGGAAACUUCUGUGAUUUUGCUUCAGGCAAUUAUUCUUGUAAUUUGUACCUCUUAUGUAAAUGUUGUAAUGAUAGUUUCAAAGAGAAUUCCUUUUCUA